GCCUUGGGCCGUGUUCCUCAUCAUCUACGGCGCGGUGUCUUUCGAAGGACAUUACAACCAGCCCGUGCUCGUCUGGACCAGUAUUGUGCUCAUGCUCCUGGUUAGCGGCAACUACUUGGUGUCGCAGCUCAGGUCGAAGAUGUCGCUGGAGAGCCGCUUCUGGCCGCUCUACUUCGGGGCGCCCUCCGCGCCCGCUCUCCGAGGACAGCGAGGGCGCGGGGGGUGCCGGGGCGCCUUGCCCGCGGUGCGCGGGCUGUGUGCUGGGCGAGGGCGGGGCAUCCCACACGGCCUCCCUGCGGCAGCUGGGCGGAGGCACGGAACGCCUCGUUGA